AUGCCAAGCACAAUCACAGGCUCAUCCAAGUCCACAUUUCACCCAGAUCUUGGUGCUGGUGAGCAGCUCAAACUUGAUUUUCUUCUUGACCCCUCACAUCGUGUGAAUAGGAUGCAAACCGGGGUAAAUGGAGCACAAGAUACACCAGGAUAUCAGCACCUUCCUACGAAACAUGAUUGGAACGUCGGCUUGCUUCCGCCCCCUCGGAACCAUGCGAUCGUCAAUAGCGGACCGCACCAACACCAACAGCAUCGCAUAGAGUACGCACCGCGGAAUGUAUUCCAGCCGGUUGAGUCGUCUUGGGUUGGCAACUCGGCCCCUAUCAAGAACGGCCCGUCGACCUGUCCUCUAGAUAGCCUACUUCUUGAGUUCCUACAAGAGAGACGUCAACGGGCCGCAGAGGGCGUUCCUACGCGGGACAUAAUCGGUCCGAGAUAUCCCUCCGUCUCAUCGCUACUCAACCCAGCCAACAGCGUAUUCUCUCAUCCACUCUCCAAGGUCUUUACAGACAUAUUAGCGGCCUUUCCAGGGAUGAGCGGGCUUCCGGAGCGCGUAGCUGUGCUCUACUAUAUGUUUCUCGUCAUGCGGUGGCAAGUUAGCCCUACGCAAGAGAACUAUGACCUCUUACCCCCUUUUGCGCUCCCCACACCAGCACAGCUACAAAUUGCCCAUCCGGCGUGGAUAGACCACCUUCCCUUCCCACACAUGCGAGAGAAGCUCGCAAAGGAGUAUAAUCCUGUUGAGUUUCUAUUUGAUAACUUCUUCAUCCCAUUCACAACUACCAUCUCCCUCAACUGGCCGUAUGAGGCCACAGACACGCUACUCCAGAGCCCGGAUGGGAACGAAUUAUUGAUCAACCCUGUGUUCGAACGUCACCUGAGAAGAUUCGAGAACUGGACGCUGGGCGAAUCUUUCGAUAAGGCGUUUCCUCGUCUCAGGGGUACGUAUAAUCUCAAAAGAUGUACUAGCGCCCCGGGGGAUAUGGCGGAUGGCCAGUUUAGCGGUGGUUAA